UCUAAGGAUGGCAAAAGGAGAAUUUUUGUGAAGGGAAGAAAACGAAAUGAUUGGCUUUGUAGUACUCGUGAAGAGUUUCAAACCCUUUCAACACCAUAGCCUAUUUCAUAAGAAUAAAAUACGAGUACAUAAAACAGCAAGUCGUUGUUUUCGAUGUUGCACUAGUGCUGAGAGGAGACAGAUUGGUUUUGUUGGUAUACAACACGCAGGUAUAUUAGUGGAGAACACGGAAAGAGCCUUGAACUUUUAUACAAUAGUUCUUGGAAUGGAAGAUGCUUCUAUGGAGAGGCCCAAUUUACCUUACAAAGGUGCUUUUAUUCGAGUGGGACCGCAACAACAAAUACAUUUGAUGGAGUUGCCCAGUGUAGAUCCCAAAACUGGAAGACCAGUUCAUGGAGGUCGGGAUCGACAUAUUGCUCUUGAAGUUGAGAAUUUGAGUGCUCUUGUAGAGAGAUUGGAACAAAUGGGACAUCCUUUUACGUAUAGUAUGAGUGGUCGUAAAGCUAUCUUUUGUAGAGAUUGCGAUGGCAAUGCUUUAGAAUUUAUGGAAAGAAACUGUUGAUAUUGUUAUUAUUGUGGGUUAUAUAAGUUGAUGAUGUUUUAUGG